GGCCUUUUAUUUUUUUUUGCGUCAGAAUCAGAAGAAAAAUUUCACACGAUUGAAUCGUAGAAAAACUUAUCAGGAAAAAUUUAUGAAUUUACAAUCCGAAAAGUGUCAAUAAGAAAGAUUAUUAUUUUGUUAACAAGUAGUGCAUAUAAUUUAAUAGAAAUAACAAGGAAAAAACUACUAUGAGAUACUCAAAAAUUGUGCCGUAGUGAAAACGAGCGAGCCGAAAGUGAAGAAAAGAAAGAAAAAAAAUCUAGUGCUUUGGUAGUGAGACACCACUACAACGUCUUCGCCGUCGUUUGGUGAGGCUGCUGUUUGCUGCCGUUCUGUUUCUUUUUUUUGUGUCGUUCAACAAUAAAAAUAAAUAAGAACGAACAAAAUGGAAACCGUUGUGGCGUUUAAUAAUGAGCUUUCCGGCCUCUAUGAGGGCAAACCACCCAUAUCAAAAGCCAAAAUGGCCUCCAUUACAAGAUCAGCCAUGAAGGCCAUAAAAUUUUACAAACACGUUGUACAAAGUGUCGAGAAAUUCAUUUUAAAAUGCAAGCCAGAAUAUAAGGUCCCAGGCCUGUAUGUCAUUGACUCAAUUGUACGCCAGUCUCGUCAUCAAUUUGGCCCAGAGAAGGAUGUGUUUGCACCACGUUUUGCCCGCAACAUGAAGGAGACUUUUGCCAAUUUAUUUCGUUGUGCUCCCGAAGACAAGAGCCGCAUUAUCCGGGUACUCAAUCUGUGGCAAAAGAACAAUGUCUUUGCUCCCGAAGUUAUCCAGCCAAUAUUUGAUCUGGCUGAUCCUAGUCAUCCUAUAUACUCAAUGCCACCGGCCACAGGAUCGAGUGGUAUGGCUAGUUCUUCGGCUGCCGAUGGUUCACAGGCAAAUGGCAUGAAUACCUCAAGUGGUUCGAUGGACGUUAGUAUGAGUGGUGGUGUUGGACCGUCCCAGUCGGGAGAUGAUAAAAUGGCCAGUACAUCGGGUGGCCUGGCGGAUUUAUCGUCUGUAAGUCCUCACGAAAGAGCCCGCAAUAGCGGUAACCGCCAACAAUUGGAACAUAAACAACAUGGUAAACGUUCCAAUGCCAAUGUUGUCAGCAUGGCAUCAGCUUCCACUUCGAAAAGCCGUGGCGAACAACAUUCGAAAUCAACAUUGGAAUCGAUUAAAAUCCAUCAUCCGGAAACGUAUAACAAAUAUCAACGCAGUUCCCACGACUAUGACGACAGUCAUCAUAUGGUUGACGACGAUGAUGCCAGUAGUGUGGAAUGUGAAACGAACAAAAAUUCCAAUAGUCUUUUGGAUAACAACAAUUUAAAACAACUUUUAAAUGAUCCCAAUGUGCUAAGACAAUUGCAAACUUUGCAAAAUUUUACAAAAUUCAAACAAGAUGACAAGCAGCACAAUUUGCGCAUGCAAGAAGAGGCAUUUGAAAAACAUUUACAAAAUGUUCUGAAGAGCUCCGCCGCUGGACCUUCCAACCAAGAGUCCAAAGAAGUGGAAUUUGUUUCUGAAGAAGGCAUUGAGGUUAUCAACUUGGAUGGCAAUGACUCGCGCAGUCCCACCCCAGAUCGGGAUCGUUACAAGAGACGUCGCAGCCGUAGCCGCAGCCGUUCCAGGGAUCGUGGUGGACGUCGUGGCCGACGCAGUCGUUCCCGUUCUCGCAGUCGUUCGCCACGCUCGAAUAGGCGACGCACAUCCAGGGAUCGUGAGCGCAGCAAUCGUGACAAGGAAAAGGAUCGUGAGCACGAACGUGAACGUCGCAAGAAGGGUCUUCCAGACAUCAAAAAGGAGCAUUUGAGUGUUUGCAGUACAACACUAUGGGUUGGUCACCUCUCCAAACUGGUUUACCAAGAAGAAUUAUCCGAUACUUUCGGCGAAUAUGGUGACAUCGUGAGCAUAGAUCAAAUCGUACCACGUGGUUGUGCAUUCAUUGUCAUGAAUAGACGCCAAGACGCUUACAAGGCUAUGCAAUGCCUAAAGAAUCACAAGUUACAGGGUCGAGCCAUAACCAUUUCGUGGGCAGCCGGCAAAGGUGUCAAGAGCAAGGAAUGGAAAGACUUUUGGGACUUGGAGUUGGGUGUUACGUAUAUACCAUGGAGUAAAUUGGACGAGAAUACCGAUUUCGAUGCUCUGGAGGAGGGUGGUAUGUUCGAUGAAGACUCCAUGCCACCGUGGAUGAAGGAGAAAAAACAGACACUGAAAAAUCUACAGGAUAAGGCAAAGGAAUCGGCCGGAAUUGCCGGUAUUAACUUGCCUGGUGUCCCCAAUAUUCCUCCGCCCGGAGGCAAUCCUCCGUUGCUGUUUAAAAUCGAUACAACACAACCACCACCAGGCCCUCCGCCAACAGGUGCUCCGCCACCAAUGAUGCCAAUGGUACCUGGACAGUUUUCAAUGGCUCCGCCACGCAUGAUGGGCGCCCCUCACAUGGGCAUGCCCAUUUCAGGGCUACACAUGCCACCGAAUAUGGUGCCCCCACAUGCCGCAAUGAUGAUGAUGCCUGGCUUUGGCAUGCCGGGACAAGUUCCGCCCACAGGUGGGCCGCCUCCGAUGGGUCCACCUCACAUGCCACCCAUGGGAGCACCUCAGCACCGACACACGGCCCAAUAUCCUCCACCAAUGGGCAGUGCUCCGCCCGCAGCGCCCUUGCCAGCUGCCGCCAAUGUUUCCAGUGAUGAUCAAAUGGACAUUGAAAUGGAAGAUGAGGAAGGCGCCACACAAACUGAUUCAGCAGCGCCCACCCAUAUAGGAGGUAAUCCUCUGAACUUUAACCAACCACCGCCAGCUUUUGGAGGCAAUGAGAAUCCCUCAGGAGCGAAUCCCAAUGCCGGUGACAACUAUGGUCGUGGUGGCGACCGUAACCGUGGUGGUGGUGGAAACAAUGGUCCAGGAGGUUCAAGAUGGGGUGGAGGUGGCCGCGGUGGUGAUGAUGACGGCGGUAAAAAAGACGGCGGAAGAUGGCGUGAAAACGGCGCAGGCGGCAACAAUGGCCCCCCUCAACAUUUUGGCGGAGAUGGAGGCGGACGCAAUAGGCCAGAUUUUAUGAAUGAUUUUGAUAAUAGAGGUGGUGGCCCCCGUGGCCCUGGCGGAAAUAACUUUAAUGGUGGUGGUGGAGAUUUCCAUCCCAAUAUGCAAAAUCGUUUCAACCAGCCCAACAAUUUAAUGCAAAUGCGCAUUCCGCCGCCAAAUGCAUUUAAUCAAAGGGGAGGAGGACAUGGUGGCCCCGGAGGUCCACCCAUGUUUAUGCGAGGUCAAGGUCAGGGUGGACCUGGCGGACCACCAGGCGUACGUCAACAGGGACCAGGUUUCUUCAACCGGAACAAUGCCUUUGAUCGUGGAGGAGGCGGCGGCGGUGGUGGCGAUAUGGGGGGUGUAGGCUUUGGAGGCCGCGGUGGACGAGGCGGUCGGGGAGGACGAGGUGGUGGAGGCCGCGGCGGCGGUGCCAUGGGUAGAGAUGCCGGUGCUCCCAACUGGAGUGAUGAAGAAGGCGAUGACAAUGGCUUCAAGAGACGUGGUGGCGGAGGUGGUGGAAAUCGUUUCCGAGAUCGUGAUGACAUCCGCGAGCGAGGUGGUCGCGGUCGAGGUGGCCCUGGCGGCCCGGGUGGCAGAGAUAGAGACCGAGAUGGUGGCCGAGAUAGGGAUGGUGGCCGAGAUAGGGAUGGUGGCCGAGAUAGGGAUGGUGGCCGUGACAGAGAUCGUGAACGGGAUCGUGAUAGCCGAAGCAAGAGUAGAGGCGUUUCGCAAGAAAGCAGUCGGCGCGCUUCGCGGGACGACAGGAAAACAUCAAAACCGCCAGUCAGUGACACUGAGGAGGAUUGGGACAAAGAAUUGGAUGAUUUCCAAGGAAAGAACGACAAAAAGGCCAAUGAAAACAACAGCCGACGAAAUUCAAAUUCUAAGGAUGAUGACAAAGGAGGUGAUCGUGAUCGCAGCAAUAACGCCUUUAAGGGAGGCCCUAAAAAUAAAUUUUCUAAAUUUGACGAUAAAGAUAACCGCCGCAGCAAAUCGCAGGACCGAGAAACACCCAUGAAAGUUCAAAUGGGUAACAAAAAAGUAGAUCCGGAUGAAGAAAACUGGGACGAUGAGGAAGACGUCAAUCGUCCGUUGGCGGCCAGUGAACAACCCGAACAAAAGAACGAGGAACCCACACAAUCGCCGACAAUGACGAAGCCGGUGUUUUCCGCACAGCCGGAAGCCGCUGAGAAAAAAGGAGGAAGUGAUGAUAUGGCUGAUGGUGGUUCUGCUACCAUGAGUAGUGGUGGUACUACUCAGGAAGCCGAAAAGAUUGCUCCUUCAUCCACAGAUGCAGUGGCGGCGAACGAUGAGAAGAGAAAUGAAAGCAAACAACCAACACCACCACCACAAUCACAGCCACAGCCAUCGGCAACAGUACCAGAAGUCUCUGAACCCCCUGCAAAAACGUCCGAAGUUUCAUCUGAACAAGCUGCCGAAGCAGCAGCCCCUACUGCUGCUGCAACUGAGUCAGAUAAAGUCGAAACCACAGAAAACUAAUUUUCUGGCUAAUGGAUGGUAGACAACAACAACAAUAUUCGAGAUUUUAACUGUAUAUUACUGUUUUACGACGACGACGACGACCGACGUCUGUCCGGAGGAGGAAUAAAAUGGGUCAUGUUCAAUCAUUAAACUGAGCUCCCAACACCACCACCCACACACACAAAUACCUACGAAUUACAAACAUUAACAUAAAAUAGUGGUGUCGUUCAUUAUCAACAAAAUGAAUAUACACAAAACACACACACACCCAUACAUAUAUUGUAAUAGAUAACUUUUUCUAAGAGGAGUUUUCUACAAACAUUGUAGAUUUAAUUUAUAUAGUAUAUAUAUUUUCCAUUUUUUAGCCCGAAUAACUUAAUUUCACGUUUUUUAACUGUUUGUAAAGAACAAAUAAUAUUCCCAGAGAAAAAAGUGUAUUUUUUUUUCCAAGGCAUAAAUGUGUUAGAAAUUCAUUCGUUCAUUGCCUGCCUGCCACCAGCAUGCAACUCUACCCGCCUGGUCCCACACUCCGUUAAAGCCAAUUGCAAUUGUUCCAUGGAAAAUAUUGAGAAAUUCUCAAUUGCAGAACUCAUUGAGGCAAAACAAAAAGAAAAAACAAGUAGAAGAAGAUAAAACAAACUAAAUAAUGUAACACUAACACAUUGUUUUAAUCAUUUCUUUAUUUAAGAUCUAUAUCAUAGUAAUUUCCUUAUUACAAUUUUAUUUAACGCAUAUUAAGAUCAUUUUUCUCUCACUCUCUCUCCCUCUCGCUAAUCUGUAUCAAUUCAACACUCACCACAAUGUAGAGAUUGUGGGAGAACAAGAGGAGAAAACGAAAUUCAAAAUUACAUUUUUAGAUCACGCAAAACAUUGAGAAUUAGUUAUUCACAAUUAAAAUAAAAGAACAACAACAAAAAACAAUUUACUAUAAAUAUUGUAACAAGUAAUAAAACACGAAAGUCGUAUAGAAUAUAAA